AGAACUAAAGAUUUUAUUUAAGAUUUUCAAGACGCAAGCGGUAGUUUUAAUAGAGAACAAAUUCAAAAACAAAAAUAAACUGCGCAUGUCGGCAUUUACUUCUGUACUUUUCUAUUGCUAUAAAGGAUGACAGAUUGAAUUGAUUUUUCGUAGUAGUCAGUGAAGAAAAUAUAUUUUUGAAUUCAGUAUAAAAAAAUAUAAUAAAAAAAAUAAAAAGAACCAAAAAUGUUACAAACAUAUUAUUUAAUAUUUUUAUCAUUGUUGAUAAAAGAUAGUUUUUGUAAUUAUCAUGGACCAUUUCUAUUAUGGGGUCACAAUAAUUUAGAACAUGAAAAUUUGCCAGCUUUAGAAGCAAUGAAUGAACGUUCACUAACCUUAAUGUAUUCCGAAGCAAAAGCAAUUAUAUUAUUUGUACGUAAUGGAACUUCAAAACUAAAUAAAGAGAAUUUUCCGAAUUUUAGCUCAAUGAUUUCACAAAAUCGUUGGGUAUAUUUACCACAAGAGCAUUUACCAGCUGAACCAGUCGAUUUUAAUUCAAAUGUUGAGGUAAUAACUUUAGUAGGCCCAGCAUCACAACAAGAUAUUGAAUUAGGUGCAUUAUAUCGAGAUGCUGUUUCAACUUAUGGUGAGGGUAAAGUUUUAGGUAUUCUCUCAACUCAAGCAGAAGAAAAUCAUUAUAUUUAUAAAAGAGAUGUUUCGGGAGAUGAAGGAGAAGAAGAAGAAGAGGAAGGAGAGGAAAAAGAAGAAAAAGAGAACAAAGAUGAGGAAAAAGGAAAAACCGAAAUAGAAAGUGCUAAUUUAGAAAAUAAAAAAGGAAAAGAGAAAAAUGAAAAGAAAGGUAGAGAAGAAGAGAUAGAGGAAGAAACUGAAGAAAUAGAGAAAAUGGACCAUGUUUACUUGGCUAAAAAAAAUAAAAGUCUUCUAUACACAACUGUAGAUCCAAUUUUUACAUGGGAAUUCAAUGAUAAACCAGAAGUUUUUAAUUUAUCACAACAUGGUGAUGUUACUAGUGAUGAAAGAAAAGAAUAUGUGAGAUUAAUAAUUCAUUUUAAGUUAGAUAACAACAAGUUAUAUGUUCGUAUACGUUUUCCAUUAUCUGGUGGCUAUUGGUCUAUUAGUGAAGCUGAAGUUGAAUAUCGUGAAACAAAAGUAGUUUUACCAUUAAUAUCAAAAUCACCAUCAGCACCAAUUGGUUUUUCAUAUAAAUGUGCACACAAUGAAUUAGUAUUUCAGAAUGGUUCAACAAGUUUAGUAAUUAAAGAUUAUCAGGUUGAACCUGUAUUAAAAGAAGGAGUUGGUAAAUUUAGUGACGCUUAUGAUUGUGUUGAUUUUACAACAGUUCCAAUUUGGUCAGGCAUUUUUGUUACAGCUUUAAUAACUGGUGUAACAUUUAUUGGUAUAUUAGCUCUAAUGGAUAUUAAAACACCAAAUCGUUUUGAAAGUAGUCGAAGUAAACAAUUGACAUUUACCGUGCAAGAAUAAGACAAUUAUCGCAUACCAAAACAAUUUAUGUUUCGUAUGUAUUUUUGAAUAAAUGCAUACAUUAAAUUAUAUGAUAUAUGUACAUUAAAUUAUAUGAUAUAAUUCAUAAAGGAAAGAAAAAAAAUUGGUAAAAUUAUUUAUUUAAAUGUUUCUUAAUUAAGAAUUAUUAAUUGUUUUAAAAAUAUAAGUAAAUAUAGAAAAACUUAUUUGGAAAAAAUUUAAAAUUAAAUACAAUUAUAAUUAUCUUGUUCAAUACAGUAUUAUA